UUCUCUCCCUCUCCCCCCUCCAGGCAUCGUAACCGGGGGAAGCUGAGUGACUUGGUAGCAGAGCAUCUCGACCAUCUCCACUACCUGAACGAUAUCCUGACUAUCAACUGUGAGUUCCUGAACGAUGUCCUGACAGACCACCUGCUCAACCGUCUGUUCCUGCCUCUCUACGUCUUCUCUCUGGUCUGCCCUGAACAGGUGUUUCUCAUCAUCCACUACCAGCCGCUGGUCAACUCUCUGGCUGAAGUCAUCUUCAACGGAGACCUGUCUGUCUUCACACAGCACAAAACCACAGUCAGCGCAGGCGUCCGUCGCUUCACCAAGCCUCCUGAGUCUCUGGAGCGGUCUCUGGAGCUGUCCUGCAAUCGGGGGCGCAAGCGAGCCCAGAAACGCCCCAACUAUAAGAACCUGGGAGAGGAGGAGGAUGAAGAGGAGAGGCCGGGGGGAGGAGAGGAGGGCUUGGAGGACAACGAGAGAGAGAGGGAGAAGGCUAAAGGUACAGAAGGGAGCAGUAAGGGAAGCAGCAGGACAAGUGGGGAGAUGGAAGAGAUAGAGAUGGUGGUGAUGGACAAGGGGAAGGAGACGUCGUCGGCGACGGAACAGAAUAUCACCGACGAGGAGAAGACUGCUGCCGCUGCUCGCACACAGAGGAAGAGACCGUUCCUAGACAUGGUGUACAGUGCUCUAGAUUGUAGUGAAGACGAUUACCAUGCUCUGUUUGUACUCUGUCUUCUCUACGCCGUGUCCCACAGCAAAGGUAUCAACCGUGAGUUGUUGGAGAGGCUGCAGUUACCGGUCCCAGACCAGGAGAGGAGCUGUUACAGUCAGGUGUUGGUGGAGAGACUCAUACGAGUGAUGAACGUGGCCGCACAACCAGAUGGUAAGGUACGUCUGGCUACUCUGGAGCUGAGCUGUCUGCUGUUGAAACGGUCCGUCCUCUCCUCAUCCUCCUCUUCCUCCUCUCCUGCUCACUGCAUCAUCAAGGACGUACACCUGGCCUGUCUAGAGGGAGCCAGAGAAGAGAGUCUGCAUCUCCUACGACGUUUCUAUAAGGGGGAGGAGAUCUUCCUGGACAUGUUCGAAGAUGAGUACAGGAGCAUGACGAGUAAGCCCCUGAACGUGGAGUACCUCAUGAUGGACGCGUCCGUUCUACUUCCCCCUACUGGUACUCCUCUGACUGGAAUAGACUUCGUUAAGAGACUGCCCUGUGGAGGAGUAGAGAAGACCAGACGGGCCAUCCGUGUGUUCUUCAUGCUGAGAUCAUUAUCUCUUCAGCUGCAGGGAGAACCAGAGACGCAGCUUCCUCUCACUCGCUCUGAAGACCUCAUUAAGACAGACGAUGUUCUGGACCUAAAUAACAGUGAUCUGAUAGCCUGUAUGGUUGUCAGUAAGGAAGGAGGUCAGGCUCAACGGUUCCUGGCGGUGGAUGUUUACCAGAUGAGUCUGGUUGAACCGGAAACUAAACGGUUGGGCUGGGGAGUGGUCAAGUUCGCUGGUCUGUUACAGGACAUGCAGGUGUCUGGGGUAGAGGAUGACAGCAGAGCUUUAAACAUUAUCAUCCACAAACCCUCGUCCAACCCCCACGCCAAGCCCCUCCCCAUCCUGCAGGCAAACUUCAUAUUCGCCGACCACAUCCGCUGCAUCAUCGCUAAGCAACGCCUGGCCAAGGGCAGGAUACAGGCCAGACGCAUGAAAACACAGAGGAUCGCAGCGUUACUAGACCUUCCUGUCCAGCCCAGUUCGUCAGAGGUUCUGGGCUUCGGCCAGACAGGAAACACUGCUGCCGGCGGUCAACUUCCUUUCCGCUUCUACGACCAAUCGCGUCGAGCGCCCAACGACCCCACCGCGCAGAGAUCUGUGUUCGCCUCCGUUGACAAAGUUCCAGGGUUUGCGGUGGCUCACUGUGUCUCUCAGCACAGCCUGUCCCCCCUCUCCUCCCCCUCCCCACCCUCCUCAGGCAGCACGGGACGAUGUGACUCUGUUACAGCCAGUACGAUAUCAGCCAACAGCCCUACAGAUGAGGAGACGUUCUUGGAGCACACCCCUCCUUCGUCCUCCGGUGGAGUGGGAGGAGGAAGAGGAGGAGAGUUAACCGGUUCUUGUUCCCCUGUCCCGUCUGUCCUGGCCCCCAGCCUCACCCCUGCCUCCCAGCCUAACAUCUCUCUACUGACAGACGACAACACAGACUCUCUGAGCGUCGAGUCACUGACCCUGCUACCCCCGGCUGACCACCUGCAAGCACUAGGCUCACACACACCUCGGCACUGAUACGGCUAUCAGAGGAGGAGGAGGAGGAGGGGCUAGAGAAGAGAGAAGGGAAGAGCCAAAGGGAGGAAGUGGAAGGGUCGGCGAUGGAGGAAGAGGAGGAGGAGGAGGAGGAGACUGAAAC